AAUGAUUUAUAUAUAUGAGAGAACAUUGAUCUGCCGACAAGAACAUUGAUUAUCAGUUGCAUUGAAGAGAGAUGUUUCAGAAAACAAACAGUUUCUUUCAUAGAACACUUCACAGUCUCAAGUCCAUCAUUCUCCGAGCAGGUAAGAAACUCCCUAGACCAAAAACUCACUUCCCUUGUACAUUUUGCAGAUCAAAUUCUCUCGAUAGAGACAACAUCUACGCAAGUUUCCUCAAUAUCUGGGAGUCUGAUCUGGAAAACAGCAUCGGUGGUCCAUUAAAGUUGGAGCACAAGGUUCAAGGGCAAGAACAAGAUCAUCAAGAGAAGAAAACAGAACCUUGCUCUUCCCGUUUAUCAAGAGAUUGUGAUACAAUGGAGAAGAAGAUUAACGAGAUGUAUAUGAUUGAGACUGGAGAUAUAGAGCAAGCCCUUGACGUUGAAGAGGCACUUCAUUACUAUUCUCGUAUUAGAAGUCCCGUGUAUCUCAACAUCGUUGACAAGUUCCUCACUGAUCUCUAUUCUUAAUCUAUCCAAAGGCUAUCAGAAUCUUUGUAUUAUGUCAUCUUCUUGAUUUGUUUGGUUUUUAGUCUUCUGUUCUUGUUUAUUUGUUUCAUGUUUUCCCAACAACAUUUGAUGGUGAAUAGUUUCUCAGUUACAAGUACUUUGAUGCUGGUGAAUAGUUACACUGUUCAUCACGAUACUGUUUGAAGCUAUAUCAAUCAUCGGUUGGAACUCA